CUUAACUCUAUCGCUCCUUAUUAUCUUAAUCGUAUCCGCUUCACUCUCUCAGCGGACGUAUAAAAAACUUUACACACACACAUACACUCGUUGCCCACGGAGAAAACCAGACUUGGGAAUAUUUAAUUUUUCACGAUGAAGUACUCCUUCGUCACCGCCGCCCUGGUGGGAUCCGUCUUCGCGUCUCAGCACAAGGGCCACGGAGGCUUCCACUUGCGUCGUGGUGGUUAUGAGGCGGCUCCUCCUCAGCCCCAGGGUGAUGUCUGCACCGUCUACACCACCGUGUACGUGAGCCAGCCACCAACCCCCGAGUCUACCUCUUGCACUGAGGAUGUUCCAAGCCCCACGGGUCCUGCUCCCAACGUGCCUCAACAGAGCCAGCCAGGCUACCCGCCUUCGGGCCCCAAUUCCCAGCCUCCCGCUCCUAAACACUGCAGUACUUGCACCAGCGAGACUCCUUACCCCACUGGUCCCCAGCCCGGCUACCCGACUGGUCCUCCACCAAACGGUCCUCAGCAGAGCCAGCCAGGCUACCCACCUUCGGGCCCCAAGUCCCAGCCUCCCACUCCUGAGCACUGCAGCACAUGCACCGGUGAGACUCCUUACCCCACUGGUCCUACUCCCAAUGGGCCUCAGGAGAGCCACCCUGGCUACCCACCUGCUCCCAUGAGCACCCCCGGCCAACCUGGACACCCGCCAGUCCGUGAGCAGAGCACUUCGACCACCUGCACUGAGGAGACCACCAGCCCUA